AUGUCCUCUUUUUUUCCUCUCCUCCUAUUUGCUCGCAUUGUCCUCCUCAAUUCUGCUUUUAUUCUUUCUUCAUUCUCUUCUUCUUUAUCUUCUUCUUCUUUCUGCUCUCCUUUCUUUCCUUCUCGCUUCAUCUUUCCUUCUUUCGUCUCUUCUUCUCCAUGUCAACUUCUUUCUCCUCCUUCUUGCGCAUCUCUUCUCUCCUUCUCCAUGUCCCCUUCUUUCGUCUCUCCUGUUUUUUUGCUCUUUUUUUCCUCCUUUCUUUCUCUCCUGCUUGCUUCGUCUUUCUUUCGUCUCUCUUAUCUUUUCUUCUUCUUCUUUUCUCCUGCUACAUUCUUCUUCGUUUCUUUCUUAUUUCCUCCUUCUUUCGUCUGUCUUCACCCCCUCCUUCUUUCGUCUCUCCUUCUUUUUACUCUUUUUCCCUUUUUUUCCUUCUUCACCAUGCUCUCCUUCCUUUCUUUCCAUUUACUUCUUUCAGCCUCCCCUUUUUCUCUCUCUUUCGUCUCUCUUCUCUCCUCCGUGUACUUCUUUCUUCUCUCCUUUUCUUCCUUCUCGCUUCAUCUCUCUUUCUUAUUUCUUCUCAUUCUUUCUUCCCCUUUUUUUCGUUUUUCUCUUCUCCUUCAUUUUUGCUCUCUUUUUCUUUCUCCUCUCUUUCUUGCUUCUCUCUUGCUUUCUUCGUCUCUCCUCCUUUCGUCUCUCUUCUCUCCUUCUGAAUCUUCUCUUUUUCCAUCUUCUUCCUUCUCUUUUUUUCUCUUUCCCUUCUUUCUGUACUUUUUCUUUCUUUUGCUUCUUCCUUCUGAUCUCGUUUUUCUUUCCUUCUUUCGUCACUCCUUCUCUUCCUUCCUUUUCUUAUUUUCUUCUUUCUUCUCUUCCGCUUGCUUCAUCUUAUUUUUCUUCUCGUUCUUCCUUUUGCUCUCUUUUUCCUUCAUCUUCCUUCUCUUUUUCCUUCUUCUGUCUCUUCUCCUUUUAUAUCUACUUUUUCUUUGUUUUCCCUCUUCUCUCCUUUUCUUUUUCUUUCUUUCUUUCUUCUGUCUAUCUUUUUUCGUCACUUCUCUCCUGCUUACUUCCUUCUACUCUUCUUUCUUUCUUCAUUCCUUCCUUUUUUUUCUUGUUAAUAUUUUUUCUUGUAAACAUUUCUCUACUUUUACAAAUUUUUUCUUUUUCCAAUUCCUCCAAUGCCUCAUCACGGUUAAAAACAACUCCGACUGCUGCCAUUUUCUGUUUUUCCCUUUCGCUGCUCCUGCUGCUUCCUGGACUAUUCCUGACUAUUAUGGCUGCAUCUGCAACUACACUGGCUCGACACUGCCACUACUCCUCACUUUCAAUCGUUUUAACUUCUCUCUCUCCUCUUCUCCAUCUUUCUUCCGAUUCGCGACAGAUUUCUCCGUCGUCUUCUUCCUCUCUUCCACACUUCCACACUUCCACGCCUUGCUGCACAUAUUUUCCGAAAAUCUAUAUAUGGUCAUUGCCUUUAAAUUUUCAAACUGUUUCGCUUCAUGA